AUGGAAAAUAACGAAGAUACUAAAUCAAGGAAAUCGUAUGCAAAGGAUAUUUUACUGCGUGUCUGGGAAGAAGUGCAAAACGAAUCAAAUGAAAGUAAAAGUUCAGAAGAAAUUUUCAGCAGCUUGUCUUUGUCUCAGGAACAGUACGAAGAAGCCCAUAGGCUGCUAACGAAAAAAAGAUCUAUCGUUCUUAGAAGAAAUCCAUGUGAACUUUGGAUUAAUCAGUACAAUCCUUGCCUUUUAAAAUGUUGGGAUGCAAACAUGGACAUUCAAUUUGUUUUAGAUCCAUUUAGUUGCAUUGUUUACAUUAUUUCUUACAUUUCAAAGUCUGAAAGAGAAAUGGGGAUGUUACUGAAGCAAACGAAGAUAGAGGCAGAGGAGGGAAAUCUUGAUGCCCGUAAUACUUUAAAGAAAAUUGGAUCAGCUUAUCUACACCAUAGAGAAGUCAGUGCACAGGAAGCUGUGUAUCGAGUGUGCAAUUUAAAGAUGAAAGAAUGCUCAAGGAAAGUUGUGUUUGUACCAGUAGGUGAAAAUCCGACCCGUCUAAGUAAACCACUCUCUCAAAUAAAAAGACAAAAAGGGGUCGAAAAGGAAAAUGAUGAAGAUGACGAUGAAAACGAGAUUUGGAUGACAAAUAUUAUAGAGAGAUACGAAAACCGACCAAACAAACCACUUUUUCAUGACAUGUGCUUAGCAGAUUUCUGUUCUGUUUACAGGGUGUUAGCUAAGUCUCAGGUUCCCAAAACUCAAAAUGAAAAUGUGUUCGAAUUGCAAAAUUCAAAAGGAUACAUCCAAAAAAGGACACGGACAAAGCCAGCUGUAAUAAGGUAUCCGAGGUUCAAUGCUGAAAAAAUGCCGGAAAAAUAUUAUCGGUCUCUAUUACAGCUCUUUCUGCCACAUUGGAAUGAAGCACAAUUAAAACCCCCUGGGUUUGAAUUAUACGAGUCAUUUUAUGAAAACGGUCACGUUAGAAUCAAAGGAAAAAGAAAUGUCCAGGCUGUCAAAACAAUAGUUGACUUGCACCAUGCACAAUAUGCAAGGAAUGAAGAUGUAAUCACGGAAGCUCAAGAGAUGUUCGAAAACAUCGGAGAACCUGAAGAUGCUUGGGCAACUCUCUGUCCAGAGUCAGAAGCAGUAAGACAGCAAAAUACUAUAGAAAAAAAUAAGGUGAACACCUUGGACGAACAUCUUCCAGAAGCAAUUCCUGAUAUACAGAGUCAGACAAAUCAUGAUGUGCUCUUUCAAAUUCAACAAAAUAAGCAUUCUAAGAAUGAUAUUUUACCAAUCCUGCAAAGUCUAAAUGAAACUCAGAAGGAGAUAUUUUACCACAUACGUGACUGGUGUUUAAGCAAAGUUGCUGGGGACAAUCCAGAUCCGCUGCAUAUUUUCAUAACUGGAGGAGCAGGAACAGGAAAGAGCCAUGUCAUCAAGGCUAUAGAAUAUGAGGCAUCUCGAUUAUUUUCUCGGACAUUGUCUUCACCUGAUAGUGUAUCAGUGCUCCUUACAGCUUUCACAGGAACAGCUGCAUUCAACAUAGGUGGAAACACCAUUCAUCAUGUGUUUUCCCUGACUAAAUAUUUGCCAUUACCAUACCAACCUCUGAAAGAACAGAGUCUAAGUGAAAUAAGGAUGCACCUGAGAGACUUGCAGAUUCUCGUAAUAGAUGAAGUUUCAAUGGUUUACAAAAAACUUCUUUAUUACAUUCAUGAAAGACUGGUCCAAAUAAAGAAAUGCAAAGAGCCAUUUGGCGGUGUAAGCAUUAUUGCUGUGGGUGACUUUUAUCAGCUUCCACCCGUAAAACAACGGAAAGAUGAACGGCUAUUUAAAGAAAAUACCUCAUAUCCUGUUGACUAUUGGAGAGACUUUUUCAAGGUUGUGGAACUGAAUGAAAUAAUGAGGCAGCGGGAAGAUAUACCCUUUGCGAACGCUUUGAACUCUCUUCGGAUUCGCGAAGCAGACCAGCCUUUAACAUGUGAUGCACAAGCUCUCAUACAUGAUUGUAUAAGAGAGGGACCAGAAGAUGCUCUACAUGUGUACCCAACAAAUGAUGAAGUAAAUAAUUAUAACCUCUCAAUGUUGAAGAAAAGCUGCAAAGAUCUAAAAGAGAUUGAAGCAAAGGAUUUCCAAAAAAAUGCAACAAGCGGAAAGCUGGUUUUAAGAGAGAAACCGCUUAGAAGCUUAAAAACAGAUAAUCUCAGCAGUACUCUGCUUAUGGCUGUAAAUGCAAGGGUGAUGUUAACAAGAAAUUGUGAUGUAGAAGAUGGGCUGGUGAAUGGAGUAAUGGGAUACAUAACUCACUUUGUGUAUGACCAAAACUCAACCAAUAUUACAGCGAUAGGAGUAAAAUUUGACAACAAGAAUGUUGGUAAGAAAUCUGGUAAAACAAUACAGAAAGGAAGCGUCUUAGUUCACAGAGUUCAGGAAGAGAUUAUUGAAAAGAAAUUAAAGACAGUUGUGAGACAUCAGUUCCCCUUAAGGCUAUCCUGGGCAUGUACAGCUCAUAAGGUUCAGGGAAUGACAGUUGAAAAGGUGGUGGUCAAUUUAGACCGAAUGUUUUCACCAGGACAAGCAUAUGUUGCUCUGACAAGAGUAACAUCGAAAAAUGGAUUAUUUAUUGAAACCGAUAACGCUGAAGCCUUGCAGAAAAAAGUGUAUGCUGAUUCAGAAGUGAAAAUUGCCUUAGCUGAAAUGCUCAGAGUACAGCUUACAAAAUUUCCCACGAAACUAUUGGACUCGAAUAGCAUUAUUCUUCAUAAUGUCCAAAGUUUAAAUGGCCAUUUUGCAGAUUUGCAGAACGACUUUCGUUUCAAGGGAGCACAAUUCAUAUGCCUGACUGAAACAUGGUUAAGAUCUGAUCAAAGUUUAGCACAAUUUGAUAUGGAUGGAUUUUCCUUGUAUCAUACAUCUAGAAGAGAUGCAUAUGAUCAAAGCAAUGAACAAGUACAAAAACUCCGUGAUGCAAAAGGAGGAGGUGUGGCACUAUACAUCAAUCAAAGUCCGAAUAGGAAAAUUGUCAGUCAACUGCCAGAAAAGAAUGUAGAGGGUAUGGCAGUAACUUUAGUCGAAAGAGAUAUGGUUGUUAUUACUUUGUAUCGCCCAAGUACUCUCAACGUCUCUUACUUUCUGGAACGGCUCCAUAAUCUAAUAGAAUAUUAUAAAUUAGGUAACAAACAUGUAAUUCUCGUUGGAGAUUUCAAUGAAGAUGCAAAAUCUACAGGUCCUAUUCAGAGCUUCAUGAUGAAACAAGGUUUCAGGCAAUUUGUCAAUUUCUACACAACAGAAAACAGUACCAUUCUCGAUCAUGUAUAUGCAUCUGAAGGCAUACAAGUUGAAGUGCAGAGGCUGCCAACAUAUUACAGCUACCACGAUGCCCUCAUCAUAACAAUCGUAACAGAAAAUUCAUGA